CAGACCCAUAUACUUGUAUCUUCUUUGCACUUGAUAAUACAACAAAUUUUUUGGUCAAUAAUACUCAUAUAACACAAUUGAAAUAGAAAUAUUCACACAAUACAUUUGGAAUUUAAUAAUUUCUUUCUUCUUAAGAGUGCAACACAAGGACUUUUACCUUUGAAUUUCUAAUAUGAUCUCUAAUCUUAAAUCUUAAAAUAUAUUAAAGAGGAUUAAGAUUAGGACCCUCUCCACGUCAGCCUCAAAAGCCUUACCGCGAUUUUCGGUAAUCUAAGUGUUUUUUUUUUGUUUUUUUUAUCAUUCGCUUUUGCCUCUCUGUCAAUUUUUUUUUGUUCAGACUAAAUGCUUAUGUUUCUUACCCCUUUAAACCGUCCCCUAGACUCCUCAUUGUACAGGUUUUUCUCUUUUUUCUUUUUGAUCAAUUUAUUUUGGAUGGAGAUAUGGGAGGAAAGAGAUGACGAAGUAAAUUAUAAUGAUUUAUGAUGAUUACUUAUCCCCAAUAAUAAUAAUGCAAGUCAUCUAAAUAAUAAUCAUAAUAUUUUUUAAUAUUUUUAAUCGAAAAUAUGUUUUAAAAUAUUAAUGGUAAAUUAAUCAAGAGGUCAUUUGGAGAAUGAAAUCCGAAGUAUAGAUUCAUAGAAUUUAGAGAUUUAACGAAUAUGGUUUCUUUCUCCAUUUUAUACGUGCAUUGUAGGUUUAGAGAUUACAAAUUCUAAAAUCUCGAUAUAUCAUAAAUAGAGAUAUUUUGUAUCUAUAUUUGUUUCACUCACUAACAUUUGUUAAAUAAUCCUUACUAUUUGGGUGGAGGAUUGGCCAUCAAUUCAUGUACGAUUCUUCCUUAUAGAUUGAUCGAGCUUCCCACCACAAGACGACACUAUAUGCCCACCAAACUUCCCCCGAAGAACUUCAUCAAGAUAGACGGACCUUCUGGUGCCUCUAUACCUUUAUUUUUGUGAUGGAAACUAACUGUGUGGUUUUAAAAAAAUUAUUGCUUUUAUAUUACACAUAUACACAUAAAUUAAAAAAUCACCUACCCAAAGGGCAGGGUUAAUGCUAGUACAUUAUUAAUGCUAAUAUGAUGGGGGAUUGGAUAGCGUGACAACCCCCUAAAGGGGUUGUCAAUCUCGCUUCCCCCUUCCCAGCCACCCAUCUCCCUUCCUCACGAUCUGGCGGUCGAUAAUUAUCAAGGGCAAAAUGGAUAGGUGCUCCACUGGAUCCGUUCCCCCACUCCUCCUAUGGUGUCACGCGAAAUUCAGUUUUGAAAGGGGAAAGAUUUUCGGAGGCUAAUCCGCCACUUUCCUCGCAAAAAAACCGUUCGCCUGGCCAGCCUCCAUCAGCUCCCAUAACCCAAAAAGAAAACCCUUGCAUCGUCGCCGAUAAACAUUGUCGUCGGUUUCCUUUCCCCUGCAUCAUCUCGCUCAUUUCCCCACUGGGUUCGAAGACUUGGUCGUUGAGAGUAAAGGUAAUUCGGGUCUAUUUCCUCCAUUCCUUUCUUCUUGAUUCUGGUCGUUUAAAAUUUUGCUCAAUUGAAGUUCUAUUGACUAGCUUGAACUGGUCGUUUUCCAGCAGCCUUCCCUCCUCUUCGAUCGUCCUUUCCCAGCGGCCAACCGUGAUUUAAUCCAAAUCAUAACAAUUCAUUUUCUACGUUCUUUCAUUGCAUCGCCGGACAUCCUUCCUCCGUCGACACUUUAUACGGCGGUUGAAAACAUACCAGGUGAGGUUUCUUUAUACCAGCCAUUCCUUUCUUUAGUAGCUUCUGUGUUGUUUGAAUAAUGCAGUGGUACUUUGAAUUGGUGUGGUAGUGGUAUUGGUACCAGUUCUAGUAGUAGUGGUAGAAUGUUUUGUAGUGGUACAUGUACUACUAGUGAUACGUGUAUCAGUAACACUAGUGGUACUUGUACCAGUACCACUAGGGAUUAGUGUACCGGUAACACUAAUGAUAAAUGUACAAGUACAACUAGUGAUACGUGUACCACUAGUGAUACUUGUACCACUAACACUAGUUGUACACGUAUCAUAGGCAUUCCUGAUACUAUCUUUUUUGAAUGUUUCAUAGGGUUGGUAUUGUAAGUUUUAAUAAAUAUGUCUAACAAUGUAGUUUUGUUAUCUGUGUACCUGGAAUGGCGAGAACAAAGACUCCAUGCUAUGUGUCGAUGACAAAAGAGCAACUGGCAAAAAAAGAACCUGCUGUAAAACAUCCUGCAACCUAUGAAUCUCGGCAAGUAGUCAUCCGUGAAAGGGAUUCAUCUGACUCUGAUUCAGGUCCUAGUAAGAAACGGCCACGAGAUGAGUUAAUGAAGUGUCCCUGCUAGAAGAAGAAGAAACCGAAAGUAGGAACAAGCGCAAGCAGUUCGGGAAGCAGUAGUUCUUUUUCAGAGUGCGUGGAGUAUGCUAUUGGUUUAUAUACGUUUUGGAGUAUGAACAAAGUUUGAGCAUUUGUUGGCUUUUAGCUCUCUUGUGAAGCAUUUGUUGAGCAUUUUUUAAUGUGAACCAUUUUUGUUGAAGAAAACCCCUAAUGUUGGUGAAUCACUUAAUAUGGUUUUGUAUUUUUGUUACAACAGUACUUUUCUUGCUUUUCUAAUUACACAUGGACUAAUAGUGGUACAUGUACGAGUAAUUAGUACUGCUAAGUACCACUAGUACGUGUAAUAGUAACUAGUAUUGGUAAGUACCAGAAAUGACUAGUGGUAUCAGCACCAGAAACUAGUAGUACUAGUACUAUACUUAAUAUUUCCAUUACCAGUAAUUACUAGUGGUAUCUGUACCAGUAACUAGUGGUUGUACUUAUAUCAUUAAUAGUUACUGGUACGUGUACCUUCACAAGAGAACACUUUAAAAUGGUUAUCUAAUGUUAGACAACAAAAUCUCAUCCGAAUAACGUAAUAUCUUCCACAAGGGACAUGUUUGAUUGUAUCAUGAACCAAAUUUGAAUUGAAACAUCUAAAGAGAUAAAUGAAAAACAAUGUUUAGGUUUUGCUUUUUCCCUUCUUUUUGUUCGCGACCUUUUCUGCAUUUUUCGGGUCAAGCCUGCUGCCUUUUAUGUACCCUUGUUUGUUCAUGACCUUUGGAGACUCUGAGUCCACGACCUCUUCUGCAUUUUUCGGGUCAAGCCUGCUGCUUUUUGUACCCUUGUUUGGUGCACGAACCUCCAAACUAGAAAACGAAUGGUUCGGGGAAGUAUGACCUUUUCUUCUUUACUUCCUCCAACGACUCUAGACGAGAAACCUCUUCCAUGACCAAAACUCUUGUAGAAACGUGUAAAUUCAUCCUGGUUCUGGAAACACAAGUGAUUCCCGUUCAACUGUCUCAUGGAAUGAUGGCUGAUACCAAACCUGUAUUUAAAGAACAAAUGCAUUAGCAAAACGAACUAUUUAACAUUUUACCGGUAUCCCGAUACCACUAGGGAAGUACCACUAACUACGACUAAAUGACUACCACUAAGGGAGUACCACAAGAUGACCACGUGUCUACCACUAAGUGAGUACCACUAGGUGACUACCACUAGGAGCCUACCACUACAAUAAUACUACUAGCUACUUGAACCAUAACUACAGGUACAUUUUUUCCAAAACAAUAUUUAUACCACUAGUAAAAUGGUGCAAAUGCAACAGAAUUCGUACCAGACGGAGCAAUGAUUACUAACAACAUGAUUUUGAUAUCGAUACCAUUGUCUUGGUACCAGUAACAUUAAUUUCGUACCAGUACAACUAAAAUGGUACCAAUAAAGGGGUUAUGUAGUUAAAAUAACUAGGGGGAAUGUACUAAAUUUUCACACUCAAAACCAACCCAAUUGUGCCAAUGUAGGCAACAGUAUUUUGUCUUAGAUCAAAUUAAAGACAACAGAUACCCAAAAAAAUUGUUCAUACUUGGAAACCUACACGAAGCAAUGAUUCUACUACUGCUGUAACACCUGUGUAUAUCCACGGUGAGUGCCUCGUGUAUAUCAGUAGCUUUAGCAAACAAACUUACUCGUACGAGUACCAUUGCUAGUAAUUACUGCCUACUGGUUCAUGUGCCACUGCUAGUGACUGGUACAUAUACUAGUAACUAAUAAUGGUACAAAUACCGCUCCUAGUUAUUGGUACAAGUACCACUAUAUACUAGUAACUAGUAAAGAUACAAGUACCGCUCCUAGUUACUGGUAUAAGUACCACUACUAGUUACUUGUCCAUGUACCACUACUAGUUUCUUGCACAUGUGCCACCAUUAGUUACUUGUAUAUGUACCACUAAUAAUUACUGCUACAUAUACCAGUACUAGUAGUUGUACAAGCACGACUGCUAGUCACAUAAUACUUAUGGGGAAAACUAGUGUUGGAUGUAAUGAGAAAAUGCCAAUGGAACACAAAACCAAAUGUACUACUGCAAACUGCCAUUACUUUGUCCAAUAUAAUUGGUUUACAUUAAAAAAGAAAUAGACAAUUAUCAUACGCCUCAAGCUUUGUUCAUACUCCAAAACGUACAUAACCAAUUAUCAUAUUCCUUAAGCUUCUUCAGUAUAGCCUUCCUCUCUUUCGAAAUGCUAGAUUCCAGAAUUUCAAUGUUUGAAUUCUGGCUGCACUUCUCCCAAAUUGGCUUGAACUUGCAUCUACUUCUUGCUUCUUCUUCUUCUUCUUCUUCUUCUUCUUCUCAUAGGGACUCUCCGUUAGCACCUCAUGUGGCCGUCUUUAAUAGGGCCUGGACUAGAAUAUGAUGACUCUCCUUCACAGAUGAUAACCUGCCGAGAUUCAUAGCUAGUAGGUUUUUUUGUUGCAAGUUGUUUUUUUGGUUGUCAAUGUGUAGUUCUCGCCAUUCCUAAUACAAAAAAAAAACUACAUUGUUAUACAAAUUUAAUUAAAACUUACUAUGCUACCACUAGAAACCAUUCAACAGUGCCACAAAAACUACCACUAAGGACUAAUACCAACUUCAACUACCACUACUAGUAACAACAACUUCGACUACCACUAGUCCACUACCAAUAACAAUUAAUUAUUUUAAACCCACUACUGCCAGACCAAAAUUCACUGGUACACAAAUAUUAGUGCUACCACUACAACUGGAAAAAGUGAGUGGUACCCUCCUAGUAAACUACCACUACUGCUAGUACCAGUGCUACCAUUCAAUUAAACUACCACUACCAUGCUACAAUUAAAAUGAGUACAAUUGCCACCACUACCACUAAAACUGCUACCAAUAGUGUUGCCUCUGUAGUGAUAGCAACGCUACCAAUUCAAAGUACCACUCGAUUAUACAAAAACCAAAUCAAACAAGCCACACAAGAAAGAAAGGAUUGCAUGAUUAUACCUCGCCUGUGAUGGUUUGCACGACAGCAAGAAGGGACGAUGGCGGUGACGGUUGCUGGGUUUUUUGGGAGACGAUGGAGGGGGAAAUGAUUUUAGGGCAGACAAACACCAAGACUUUGCACUCAACACGAGACCGGGUGAGACGAUGGCAGGAAACGCCGAGAAAAUUGAUCGGAGAUGGUGGAAGGGAAGGUUUUUGGGAGAAGACGGAGGAAAAUGGUUUGGGGGAGACGAAUCGUUCUGCGGGGAGGGUGGCUGAUUUCUCUCCCCCACCAAAUUCUUUCCCUUUUCAAAACCCGGCUGACGUCAACAAUUAGUGGGCAGACGAAUCCAGUGUGGGCACUAUCUUUUUUUCCUUGGCCAUCAUCAACCGUCACAUGGUGAGGAAGAGGGAUGGACGGCUACUAAAGGGGAAGCGAAAUUGACAACCCCAAGGGGGUUGUCACGGUAUCUAGUCCCGGCAUUAUGGCAAUCAAAUUUUUUAUACCAAAUUAACGCUGUUCAAGAAU